AUGGACGAAGAUGUGCUGGCCACCCUGAAGAUUCUCAUCAAUGGCGACAGUGUGGUGGGCAAGCCCAACCUACUAUUGAGGUUCACAGAUGAUACUUUUGAUCUAGAACUUGCAGCAACAAUAGGUGUUGACUUUAAGGUGAAAACAAUUUCAGUGGAUGGAAAUAAAACCAAACUUGCAAUUUGGGAGAAGCGUGAAGUUGAUAAAAAUGCAGCAUUCAUGUUGUUUAUAGAGGCCAGUGCAAAAACCUGUGAUGGUGUACCGUGUGCCUUUGAGGAGCUGGUGGACAAGAUCAUCCAGACCCCUGGACUGUGGGAGAGCGAGAACCAGAAUAAAGGAGUGAAACGGUCACACAGCGAAGAAGGCCAGGGUGGAGGAGCGUUCGGCGCAUACUGCUCUGUGCUGUACACACUGCGGAGCUCCAGCUCCUGCACAUUUGAUCAAAUAAUGACCUCCUUCCUGUUCAUAAACUCUCUAACUGCUCUUUUAGGGACCUUGCUGUUUGCACAUAAUUUGUGGAAAUUCCACUCUUUGGCUUUCCCAGGACGCUUGUCAGUGGAUUUAGAGUCCACCCAGAUCAUCUGGUUUGGGGAGCAUUUUGAGUUCCUCUUCUACCACAUGUCAGGAAAGUUCUGGUAUCUCUAUUAG